UCCAUACUCUAUCCGCUUCCCACCUAUUGGGCCCUUAUCCAAGCACGCCUCGCUGGCCCACGGCACUGCUCCCAAGGAUGUGCCACGGCACGUAACUCCAAGGCCCUUCCCUCCUGCGGGCGGCUCAUCCUAUAUCCUCCGCCAUCUCCAUUCAAGUUCUCCAGCGACGCGCUUUCCGUUCGAUUUUGACACUAGAAGCUCGCCCACGGCCAUUUCCCUCACCGGCGAGUGUCUGGGAAGCACUGCUGGCUCCACUCACAUUCAUGGGUAGGCCCCAGGGCUACUAUGCUGUGGUAUAUUCUAUAUCCUUUGCGAGGGACAACUGAGGCCCCUGUGCUCGCUCCGGCCCAUCCUCUUCGGACAGCCUUUCUGCGCUACGGAACCUGGGCUGCCCGCCAUGUCAAGACCGUGCUGCCUCUAUCCGGGGCUGUGAUUUUCGUUCUCCUCUACCUGUUCCCCUUUCUGUACACCACAGACACCACCAACAUCACCACCGGAGUGUCCAACCUCCCUCACCAUGUCUGGACCGACGCCCAGCCCCUGGGCGAGCCGGUUGCCGUCAGCCCCGAUGUUAUAAUGCGCUCAAUCUGGGUCCACGGCAGCUACAUGAAAGCCCUCGAGCGCGACGUACUGCUAGGAGCUCUUGAGCUGCAAGAUGAGCUGCUUGGGCCGACUAUCGACUUCAACCCGCGCCAGACAACAAAGCCUCUGGAACCGCCUGACUUGGCUGGAGACCUGGAUCCCCAACAACGAGAUUCCUUCCACGUUAUCAAUGGCCUGACCAACCAGUCUUGGUUCUUCCACUCGCCGCUCCAGUACUGGUCUGGCUCUGCCGAGAAGAUCCGCGCCGAUCAAGACAUUGUGUCUACCGUCAAUAUGAGGAAAACGCAGCCGACUUCCGUCAACACCACCCUGCGCCACUCGAUCGUUUUCAGCGGCAAGCGCUUCGAAGAGCGACGCCUAGUUUCUGCCGAUGCACUUGUCAUCACUUUGAUUCACCUUCACGAUUCCCCUGUCGGCAGGCAGUGGGUGAGGAAGGCCGAAGCAUUGGCUUCGCAGCAUAGUGGCAAAUGGCAAAUCAUUCCACCCGACGGCCGAGCCACCUCUAGCCAGCUUUACGAGUUCCAAUUCCGCCCAAUGUCCUGGUCUGACUGGGCCCUCCUAACCAUCGCAUACUCCCUUACCCUCCUCUACCUGUUGCACUGCCUGUCCAAGUUGCGUGCCGUCAAGUCGAGGCUCGGUCUUAUGAUCACCAUUCUGGUCCAGAUCGCUGCCUCGAUUGUUUCCAGCUUCACAGUCUGCGCUAUCUUCAAGAUCGAUCUCUCCCGCGUUCCUUACUACGCUUAUCCCCUCGCGGUUCUCGCCAUCAGCAUGGAGAACUCAUUUCGGCUCAUCAACGCUGUCAUCAUGACUUCAUCAGCUGUAAGCAAUAGCGACAGGAUAGGGGAAGCCUUCGGUGCCACGGCUCACAUCGCUGUUGCCAAUCGGGUACAAAACUUUCUGGUUCUCCUCGGCCUGUCGCGGAUUACCUACCCCGGAGUCGCCGCCUUCUGCACGUUUGCGGCAAUUGCCACUCUCUUCGACUUCUUCUAUCUUGCAACAUUUUUACUCUCUGUCCUUAGCGUGGACGUGCGGCAGAGAGAGUUGAGUGAGUUGGAGAAGGCGUCGCUAAAGCGGAAGAAGCCUUCGCAAAACGGGCAGGUCAAACAGCCCUGGAUCGACACUGUCACACAGAUCCGUCUCGGCGAAACAGCCAUAUCGACAAGGGUAGCCGGAACCAUGGUCCUGGUUGGCUUCGUCCUCAUCGCGCAGGCUCAUUACACUCCAGACGGCCACCGUCGCUGGCUGAACCAAAUCUUCAGCCUCUCAUGGAGGAGAGCCGCUGGGAGCGCGCCAAAGUCGUCCUUACUUGUCGACAUUCAUCAGGCCAGAAGUCCGACGUCCUGGCUCCGCCUCCAAGAUCAUGAGACGGCGCGCGAAGUGAUUAACGUUAUUAAACCUUGGGCUCACAGCUAUGUAGCGCGGGUUUAUGAUCCCAUUGUCUUCGUCCUUCGAGGUGCAGACCGCAUUCCGCAUACGAGAGAGCCGCUGUUUCUACCGGCCUUGUACGAUUUCUUCCACCAUCGGAUUCCCCAAUUUGUCGUCUCCUUAUUGACUGUUUUGGCGGCCCUGCGCUUGUUUACGAGCUUUCUCGUUCGAGGGGAGUUCCAAGAUGACUCGGGACCCGAACAUCCAGACCAUGAACACUUUAUCUCUGUUCGAUCGCUGAGCAGAGGACACACGCUAGAUGUCGUGAAGAUGGCAGCAUCCCCGGGAGCGCAACUUGCUUCGGUCGGGCUCGAUCGCGCUAUUCAGAUUUGGAACGUGCCAUCAGGCGUGCGACGCCAGGUACUCACCGACCCGGAUGUCCCUUUAGAGAACCCUUUCCCUGUUUUGAGUAUGGCAUUUGAUGAUGACUCAAAAUGGCUGGCAUUGGUCUCGUGGCAGAGAGUGUUUUUCUGGAAUAUCAAUGAGCAACGGUGGGGGCCCACAAGGAGUAUAGACUUGGGCGGUCACAAAGCAGAGUCUGUCUUCUUUACAACCAAGAGUCAAGAUUCACCUCCGGCAUUGGUGCUGGUGAGGAGGAAUGGCACGGGCUUGGAAAUUCCACUCCAAGAAGCAGAGACAACUGAUUUUGUGAUCUGCAAGACGCCGCUGAUCUGGGCGACCGGGUUCCCAGAAAGAGCUCACCUCCCGCAACACCCCCCUCCAAUGUCUAUCUUGACAGCCUCUCGGAAGAACUGUAUUCACUUAGUCAGGCAACAGGGCAAUGAAUGGGUGUCCAGGGAAGUGAAGCUCAAAGAGCGGGAGGAUAGAGACGUGCACUGCCUGCUACCCAUCCCAGCUCUGUCGAUGUACCUGGUUGGCCGUUCCCAGUCCGUGGACUUGGUAGACAUUGAUUCCGACACCAUUAUCCAUACGUUUCAGACGGAGCCAAUGCAGCCGCGGACGCUAAAACGCAUACUGCCGAUACGGAGUCAACAGCCGGGCCUCCCGUCCUUCACACUAUCCUAUGUCAAUUCAGAAACAGGGAAUCUGGUGGUCCACACUUACGCUCCGCAAGCCGAGAACGACUCGAUGCCCCCUAGCAGCCCGAUAUGGCCGGCGAGCCGCAGCCAAAUUCAAUGGAGCCAGAUGAAGGAGAUUAUCAGAUACGAGGCAAACCCAGGAAUCUGGGAAGCUUUGCCAAGUGGAGCCAUUGUGGGCGUGCGCAAGAGACAUGAUUGCAAACCUCGGCCUAUAUUAUCACCGAAUGGGCUCCGCAGGCGCAUUGGUAGCCGUUCCGAGUUAUACAGCCAUGCUGCCUCAUCUGCGGUGACGCAUGGUUGGGAGGCUUGGGUUUUGAACCUCCACCCCGAGGCGAAGAGCGGAUUUGAGACGAGGCCUCUCGAUGAGCCUACCGGAAUAGGGAAGGAGCAACAGCAGGACGAUCUGGGUCAGCUAAUGAUUUCGGAAGUGGGCCCCAUGGUUAAGUUGAGCGCCACUAGUGUGGCAGUUGGAUUCGGGACGGUCGUCAAAGUCAUCAGUGUCGGGCACGAGCACUUCGACAAGGCCCUUGACGAUAUCGGCCAACUCGGGGCUGGGGCGCUGUUGAAUCUGACGGGAAACAGAAGGAAAAAGCUCUCUGCCGGCUCUGGAAAAGGCUCCACGGCCGCAGCGGCUGCUGUUUCCGCCGCCGCCGCUGCUGUGAAAACGUGAUGGAUAGUAAGUAGGUGGGCAGCGGUUGAUGGCGGGCCCAGGGCGGUGCCGGAGAGGCAGUGGCGAAGGUUUGCUAAAGCAUUGAUAUAUACCCCUUGUCUGGGCAUUUGGUUCGAAAGAGAUUGGGCUGUUUUGGCGUACAGAUGGCGGGUCCCGGGACACAAGCAGACACAUUUUGAGGCCACCUGGAUGGCCUCUAGAUGGAUUGGCAUAGUAAAUCAGGCUGGUUGGAUUGAAGCUUGAAAGGAUAUUGCCAGUUAGAACAGGA